CUGGCAACACUGAGACAGACUCCAUCUUUUCUGUCACGAUGCCUCCUAAGAAGCAGCCCGAAAAAUCCGCUUCCGCUGGAGCCAAACCCGCGGAAAAGAAGCCUGCGACGGCUAAAACGCCCGCAGCGGCUCCAAAAACCGCGUCAGCCCCCGCUGCAGCUGCUAAGCCAGCCUCAGCCAAGACUCCUGCUCCCGCACCAAAAGCUGCGGCGCCCAAGUCCGCUCCGGCGGCCAAGCCUGCUGCUGCUAAGCCUGCUGAGAAGAAGUCAGCUGUGCCUACUGCCAAGCCUGGCUCUGCCAAGGCUGCUGCCCUGAAGGCCAAGUCUAGUGCUAAGCCUUCAGCCAAGAAGGCUGCAUCUGCCACUAAGCCAGCAAAGCCCAAACCAGCUGCCGCUAAGCUUAAGAUUGCUCCUAAGCCCAAGAAGACUGGCAUUAAGGGACAGAAGAAGGUUGUCAAACCUGUUGUUAAGGCUCUUAAGGCACAAAGGAAGGUUGUCAAAGGUGAACAUGGCAAACGCGUGCGUCAGAUCCGCAACACCGUGCACUUCCGCAGGCCCAAAACAUUUGAGGCUCCUAGGCAACCCAAGUACCCAAGGAAAUCACUGCCCAAGAGGAAUCGCAUGGAUGCCUACAACAUCAUCAAGUUCCCGCUGACCUCUGAAGCAGCCAUGAAGAAGAUUGAAGACAACAACACCCUGGUGUUCAUUGUGCACACCAGGUCAAACAAGCACCACAUUAAGGCUGCAGUUAAGAAACUGUAUGACAUUAAUGUUGCUAAAGUGAACACCCUUAUCAGACCUGACGGCAAGAAGAAGGCGUACGUACGGCUAGCCCGAGACUACGACGCAUUAGAUGUUGCCAACAAAAUCGGCAUCAUAUAAGCGGAUGUUUAUUCUAUAUAUAAUAAUAAAACCCUAAAAAAACUA